CCUUGUUUACAAAAUAUUGACGAUAACAAAUCCAAAAAAAAGAUUAUAUAUUUUAUAAUAAUUAUGUAUUUUUUCUUUUUUUAUACAGUAUAGUUGCUUAUUAUAUAGAACAAAUAACUUUUAAGUAUUCAUUUAUGUAAAUAGUUUUAAAAAUUGUGUACAUUUACUUGAGUGUAAUGAAUAAAAAUAUAGAAUUAAGAAAGCUUCCCGCUGGUGUGUUGUGUAAUGUAAUAAAUAUUCUAGAAACGAACAAUGAUUGGAAGAAAUUCAUGGCCAAUGUACCGAAAGAUUUACUUUCUUCUGACUUUGAACCGAAAUAUAAUAAUGAACACAUAAGAAUUAUAGAAGAAUACGCGAAAGAAACAAAUCAAAAAUGUACAGAAAUAUUAUUUGACGAGUGGGGAACCUCUGGAAAAGUUAGACCCACUCUCCAACAUGUGAAGGAAAUUGCACUGAAAACCCAGAUCUAUAGAGCAGCUGAUGAAAUAGCUAUUAUGUUGCAAGAACCAUUGCCACAGAGACCAAAAGAUGGCCCAGCUGCUCCUAUAACAACAAAUAUUACAGAGAUGUUAAAUGAUAGUAUAGAGCAGAGAUAUAAUACAAAUAUGGAACAAUUGUGUGAUGGUCCAACACUUCAAAUGAAAUCGGCUAGUGACUUGAUUGAGUUUUCAAAGUUGGCAUAUUCAACUGGCAAACCAAUAAGUAGUGAACAAGUAUCAAUAGGCAAUAAAACAACAGUCCAAAUGAAGUCAGAGAGUGAUCUUAUUGAAUUUUCUAAAUCUGCAUUUCAAACUGAGUUAAGCAAUGUUCAGAAACAUUCUAUGAAUAUUCCUAAUCUGAGUGUAAUGAUAAGUGAAGACCAAGAUAUUACUUUAUCAUCAAAAACCAUAAGCACAACGAAUACUAUUUCCAGUGUUAAUUAUCCCGACACCUAUCAACAGUCAUUCCCAAAUAUAAAUAUAUCAGAUAGGAUUGAUAGUGUAAUUCUACAAGAUGAAAAGUUAAUACAUUUUGACUAUAGAGAACUACAGACAAUUACAAAUAACUUUUCUGAAAAUCUAACACAAGGCCCAAAUGGGCCAGUGGGUAGAAUAGGCAGUGGUGGCUUUGGUGAUGUGUUUGUUGGAUGUCAUAGUAAAUAUGGAACUCUUGCUGUUAAAAAAAUACAUGAUCAAUUAACUAUACAUCGCAAACCAGAUAUAGCCAUAAAAGUAUUUAAUGCUGAAGUGAAAUUCUUAUCACAUUUUAGGCACAAAAAUAUACUUCCUAUUUUAGGCUUUUCUAAAGAUGGGCCAAUUCCUUGCAUAGUUAGUGAAUACAUAGAUGGUGGAUCACUACAAGAAAAAAUAGCUGCUAAAGUUUUAAGUGAAAAACAGAGAAUAGAGAUAAUGAUAGGUACAGCUGAAGGGUUAAAAUAUUUACACACCAACAAAACAUCCCUGCAAGUCCCUUCUGAACUGCAAAGUAUGGAAAUCACACUUGAUUUAGAUUCUGAAAAUUCAUGUAAGAACUUUGUGCAUGGUGAUGUUAAGAGCGCCAAUAUAUUGCUCACAUCAGAGAAUAUUCCCAAGCUGUGUGACUUUGGAUUGGCAAAACAGUAUGACUCAACAGCUAUUACAACAUAUCCAAUGGGUACAUCAGCAUAUAUGGCUCCUGAAGGAUUGCGUGGAACCAUUACUCAAAAGAUAGAUAUAUUUAGUUUUGGCAUUGUUUUGUUGGAGUUAUUGACUGGUUUGAAGCCUAUAAUUAUUAUGAAUGGAGACAAACUAAAUAUAAAUGAUUAUGUGGAAGAGAAUUACAAUAAUGAUAUUAAUUCUAUUGUGGAUCCGGUUAUUCCGAGCUGGAUAAGAGCUAAGGACAUAUUCAAUUUAGCUCAAAUGUGUUUACAAAGGAACAGGAAGGACAGACCUACUAUGGAUAAAGUAUAUGAUACUUUAGUAAGUUUAAAAUUGUGAUUUUUAUGUUAUUAAAGACAUAUUUUUAAGAAUUUAAAAAA